CAUUCACAGUAUUAUACUGGUAACAAUUUGUGCAGAUUGAAUUGACCCUUUAUAAUGUUUCGUGUUGUUUUGCUAACGUUGGCGUAUUUGAGCAUUGCUUGCAGCGCUACCCAAUUCAAAGAAUGUAACAACACACCAUCGCCAUUAAGCGUAAAUGUGCACGAUUGCGCAGAGCCUCCCUGUGUGGUUUAUAAGGGCCAAACUCAUCUCAUGGAUGUACAAUUUUUGGGUGAUAAGAACAAUAUUUUACAGAUAGAAACAGUUCUGUCGGCUAAAGUUUUUGGAUUGUCCCUGCCUUACGAGUUGCCCGAAGAGGAUGCAAAUGUGUGUGCUAAUCUGUUGUAUGGCGCCAUUUGCCCCAUUGAUAAGGACGAGGAUGUUACUUAUAGAUUGAACUUUUUCGUCGAUCCAUCAUUUCCCGAAAUUUCCGCCGAUGUAACAGUUACACUGAACGACGGACAGGGCGAUCCGAUUAGCUGUUUUAUAAUCAACUGUAAAAUACGCAAAGCAACCUCAUCAUUGAUCGAGAAUAUACUUUUAGAUGCUGGCGAUAUCAAACCAUAACUCAAAUGUAUAGAGAGGUCUACCCGACGCGACACUUGUUAGCUAACUGAUUUCACAAUUUGUCAACUGUCCAAUAAACCAAUUCGAAUUCUCAAUAAUAACUUUAGUUUGUUUACCCAUCUGA